CUAGACUUGACAAAACACCGAAACAUCUCACUCUCCAUCUGCAGAUCUUUUAGCUUACAGCUUCGCAUCCACUCUGCCACAUCCCCCCCAGCUCGAACCAAGUGAAACAUGGUCGACUACCCAUUGUCUAAAACAUGUCCUCUCCCUCCACAACAAGUGUUAGUACGUAUGUGGUAAGAGUGGGAAAGCGGACAAGGACAUUUUGUAUAGCUUGACUUUUGAUUAUAGUUCUAAUACCACAUGGUGAGUUUAUUGGAUCAUCGAUCGAUGUUUGACGAGGACUUCGAUUAUUACCUGAUUGUGUGUCUUAACAAAUAUUCCUCUCCCACGCGAUCCUUCGUACGCCUACUUUAUUACUUCAUCAUCCAUCCAUCCCGUGGUAAGACAGCUCACUUUCCCCCUCUUUAAUCGGGGCUGAGACUAGAUCCUUCUUAACUCUCAUUUUCGUCAUCACUUUCUCUUGCUGCUUUAUCCCUCCGCUUGAAGCUCUUGAAGUCAGCUCAUCCCUCAUUACCUUAAGCCCUUAAGCUCUCUUGACCACAGAUGAUAGCCAAUUUCCAACCCCCUUAAGAGGGAGUCUAAACGACAAGCCCCCAGAUACGUCGACAUCCGCAAUGGCCUUAACCAUAAAGAACCUCAACUCCGAUGCCUCGUUUCUCCUAUCCUUCGAGCCCAUCAUCCCCGAAUUCGCACAGCGUAUUGUAACGCCGAAGCCGUUCACAGUUCUCCUGGACCCUUGGAUAACAGGAUCUUCUAAGGUAUUUCACUCUAAGAUCUCGAUUACGACUCGCAUACACCCGGCAUGCAUAUCCUCGCUCUCGGAGCUCCCGUCUCCACCGGAUCUCGUUAUUAUCACUCAACAUAAGAGCGACCAUUGCAAUGAAGCUACGCUCCGGCAGCUACCAGCAAGCGGGACAAACACGAUCAUCCUUGCCGAACCAGCAGCAGCACGCUUGAUCAAGAGUUGGAAGUACUUCGACCAGGAGAAGAUCCGGACGAUAGAGCGAUGGGAAGACCCGAGGUUGACAGGAAAGCAGUCAGCAGUGCGAAUUCCCGUCCCGCCCGUGACGCCCGGAGGUCAAGGGGGUGAAGUCACCGUCGCCUUCAUACCGCAGAAACGCGACCUAGCUGGUCUACAUGGCGCAAUUGGUAUAACAUAUCGACCUCCACCAAUGCAUCACUUACAACUUGGUAUCCCUACCAUAUCGAAACCGCCUUCACCACCUGCGACCCCUAAUACGCCUAUUAUGCAGGGUUCGGAUAUGACACUUACGAAUAACUCAUCUACCCCUAAUCCUUUCCUCCUCCCGCCCUCCCCACCAGUAUCACCACGCUCCCUGCGCUCUGUCCAGUCCGCGUCAACCUUACUCCCCUCUCCGGCGCGCUCAAGCCCAAACACUUCUUUCCCACGGUCCGUUUUCCAGAACCAUCUUCGCCCCGCCACCUCCACCGGUAUGGUCCGUCCCAUCUCAGUCCUCUUCUCGCCUCACGGUAUCUCAUACGACUACAUCGCACCUUACGUCACAUCGCAUCUCGUAGCCGAAGCAGCGCUCCCACUGACGGCCCUCUUGCACUGUAUGGACAGCAUCACAAAUCCGUGGUGGCUCGGCGGUAACAUAUGCGCGGGCGUACCUACCGGUGCCGAGAUCGCGACGCGACUGGGCGCGCGCAUCUGGCUUAGCGCGCAUGACGGGGAAAAAGAUGUCAGGGGCCUCGCUACGGCGAUGUUGAAGACGAAACGGUGGCGGCGCGAGGAAGUUGAAGGCGCCUUGGACCCGCGCGAAGAAGGGAAACCUGGUAAGCAGAAACUAGGCCAUGCACGGAAGGGCAGUAACAGUAGCAUCGGCGGCGUCACCACGGAAAUCAUGCGCCUCGGCAGCGGCGACGAAGUCGUCGUCUCUGGAAACGGUAUGCUAUGGUGCUCUCCGGAAAAUACGGAUGACCAAUGGGUUAUCAGGGACGCGAAGGCCCGUCAGAAUGUCAAGGUGAAAAGCCAAUGCAGCCUGAGACCAAUCUACGCCCGUAAUGAGAAGAUAUCUAGUGGCCUAAAGACGAAGAAGUCAUUGAGAGGAGGCUUUUUGAGAUUUAGGUCCGUGGCUACCCCUACUUGAAGAAGUUACUAGAUUAAAGGCUCGUCCAUUCGUUCAGGGCAACGUAACCGUCUGUCAUUAGGACGAUAUUUCUUAUGUUUAAGCACAUUAGCUUGUCGGGUUCUGGCGUAUUUCGGGAGAAGAAUUUCUACAUGAUACCAAGGGCAGACAAAAUUAGUCUUUACGCAUUUGUCAUUUUUAAUGAACCAUUUAGGCAUAUUAUUUUUGGAAUAGGGUUUCUUGUAUCUUAGGAUUAGGGAAAGGCAUGGAUGGAGAGAAAAAGUCACCGGCGUUGCUAUUCGAAGCCAAAAACUUGCUACGGAUUUUCGGGAACAAGAGAGGGAUACCUACCAUCGUUAUUAUACCAACGUAUAAUAUUAGAUAAUCGCAAAGUCUAAGAC